GUUUGACCGGCGCCACGGUCCAUGACGUCGCCACAGUCGCGGUGGGGCACGUAGGCUAAACCGACGGAAGUACCCUACGGCCCGCACUCACCACUCGAAACGUACGUUUAUAUUGUUAUUGUUUUUGCGAUAAUAUCGCCUGCGUCGUGCGCUCUCUUAUACGCGGCGGCGUAUCGUCUUAGCCAUCGACCCCGGUGACUACCAUGGCCCAGAAUGACAGCGCGACGUCAGUCAACGUGGGCGAAGUGUACAUGGUCCGCCGGAACGACGGCUCUUGGCAUCCCGCUGAAGUCUUACAUACGAGAUUCAAUGAUACAGAAAAUCUUUUUGAGUAUUAUGUACACUAUAAAGGGUGCGACAGAAGAUUGGAUCAAUGGGUACCGACAGAUAGGAUAAAGAAUUCAAGAUUUGAUAUUUCUGAAAAAAAAUAUGAACAGAAGGAUAUGAAUAAAAAUAAAGAUCUUCUAAAUCAGUCUGACAGCAGAAUCACAAGGAGCCAAAAUCGCAGUCUCAACGAGAUAAAUCAUGUACCAAUGUCUAAUGCAGAAAUGGAUCCAAUUACACCGGCUUUUGAAAAAGAGCAUGAGGCGAUAACUAAAAUUAAAUACAUCAAUAAAGUACAGUUGGGAAUAUUCGAAAUUGACACAUGGUAUUUUAGCCCGUUUCCAGAAGAAUACCAAAAAGAGUCUAAAAUUUGGAUUUGUGAAUACUGUUUGAAAUAUAGCAAACUAGAAAAGACUUUCAGAUACCAUAUGAGCCAAUGCACAUGGAGACAACCACCCGGGGUUGAAGUGUACCAUAAAGGUAAAUUAUCAAUCUGGGAAGUGGAUUCCAGUCAAUACAAAUUGUAUUGUCAGAAUCUUUGUCUAGUGGCAAAGUUAUUUAUAGAUCAUAAAACACUCUUCUUUGAUGUUGAACCAUUUUUGUUUUACAUCCUGUGUAAAAUUGAUAGCUUUGGUGCACAUUUAGUUGGAUAUUUUUCAAAAGAAAAAGAUUCACCAGAUUGCCACAAUGUAUCUUGUAUAUUAACAAUGCCACCAUUCCAGAAACAGGGCUAUGGUAAACUAUUAAUAGCGUUUAGUUAUGAAUUGAGCAAGUUGGAAGGACUUGUAGCCGGUCCUGAAAGUCCAUUGAGUGAUCUUGGUAAAGUGUCUUACAGGUCUUAUUGGUCACGGACACUGUUGGAAAUUUUGAAAAAUGAUUGUGAAUCAUUAUCACUUAAAGACUUAAGUGCGAUGACUAGUAUCACCCAAAUGGACAUUAUUUCAACGCUGCAGUCCAUGAAUAUUGUGAAGUACUGGAAAAACGAAUAUGUGAUUUGUGUGUCACAUAAAAUGGUUGAGCAGCUGAUUAGUUCCGAGCAAUAUAAACCACCAACAUACAUAUUAGAUAGAAAUGCUAUCAAAUGGACGCCAAAAAGAUACAAUCUUCGCUCAGGAUCAUCUAUGCAUCCAGGAUCAUAAUACUUAGCUGGAUAAAGAAAUUAGUUCAGAUUCUGUGAAAUUAUUAACAUUACUUUAUAGUCAUUUAAGAUUUACUUACUGUAAAUAGUUAAAACUUUUUUUACAUAUAUUUUUUGGGAAUGUUUCAAUGACAAGGGCUAAUAUAAGUGUUUCUAUUCGUUAAGGACUGAUAUGGAUUAUUUAUAACAUACAUCGAGUUAAGAUAAAUAUUUAGUUUCGGACUAUAUUAUAUAUUAUGGGACAGUUGUUAGACUGUUGAUUUACAGUGUUGUAAAUGAUUUAUGAUGAACACAAUUUAUGUGAAAUGGGCAUCACUGCAUCAGUCAUUCAAUAAUUGUGGUUGUUCCCAAAAAACUUAUGGUGUUUGUCUUGUGUAGUAUUGCACUUAUUAUUAGGGUUUAGCAUGAUGGUUUGUUUGCUAUUUUAAUUAAAUACCAUAUUAUAUUGUCCCUUGUCGUGUAUUUUUAUCUUGUGAUAGUAUUUUAUUUUUGACUUUUCCAAAUUGACAUUUUAAUUAUCUCAUUGUAUUUCAUUAACUAAUGUGAAUG